AUGGUGAAUUCUUGUGUUUGUUUUGGAUGCAACAACUCCAACUUGUCUGGCCAUCGGGUCCACCGAUUUCCAAACAAGAAACACAAAGAUUUCCGUGCUUGGAUACGUUUCGUCCAGGCAAAGAGAAGCAAUUUCGCUGCCUCCUCGUUGACAAGACACACGGUGGUAUGUGAAAAACACUUCACACCGGACAGCUACAACCAAGGAGAUCUAAUGGAAUUUCGCAUGGGAUUUCGACGAAAAGAGUGGGUUAGGCUGGCAAAUGGAGCUGUGCCAUCGGUGCAUGCAAGUCCACCAGCAAAAUCUGGCGGGAGUGAAGAGUCUAACGUUAACACUAGCAGAGAAUCUGCGCGUCGAAAACGAGAGCUUUGCACAAUUUUGGGAGAGAGUGCUGCCAGCAAAGACGGGGCGGGUGCAACUGCCACUUCAGAUCCUGAAGGUGAUGGAGAUGGAGACAUCUCUAUAAUGGACCCUGAGCCAGAAGUGGUCCAUCAUGAAUCUCUUUCAUCUGCUGUUCAGGUAAAGCCUCAGAUGGUGGAUGUGGGGACUCAAACCGAAAGGUUUGAGCAUCGCAGAUCAACUCCACUGGCCAGUCCUGAACAAAGUGAUGAUGAAUGCUCAUUUUCUGAUAUCAUCAACCAUUCUGGUGAUAUGUCAUGGAGUCCAGGGGAGGAGAUGUUGAGCGAGUCCUCUGAGGAGGAACCAGAAGAGCUGGAAUCUCUCAGUGACCCAAAUGCUGUUGACAAGUUCAUUGUUUGCCAGAGGCAGUUGCUGUCCUUAUUCACGGUUUGCCCUGCAUGCUGUGGGGCUACCCAGGGACACAUAAUGCACCCGGAAGGAACUUUCAUAAAAGUCAAGCAGGCCUGCAGAACUUGUGGUUAUGAGCGUUACUGGCAAAACCAAGAGAAGGUGCAUCGAAACAUGCCUGCCUGCAACCUUUUACUCAGCGGUGCCAUCCACUUCUCAGGUUGCAUGGCUACUCAGACAAUCAGGAUGCUGAAGCUGUUUGGACUGCAGUGCAUAAGUCCCGGCACUUUUUUCCGCCAUCAGCGCUAUUACACUAUCCCUACCAUCGUGCAGGCCUGGAGGAAUGAGCAGAGGGGGAUCAUCAGGGAGUUGAAGGAGACGGGGGGAUUGAUCCUGUCUGGUGACUGCAGAUCAGAUUCUCCUGGACACUGUGCCAAAUAUGGUAGCUACUCCUUGAUUGAGGAUCGAAUUAACAAGGUUUUGGAUGUUCAACUUGUCCAAAGCUCAGAAGUCCCAAGCAGCUCUUGGUGUGAGCUAGAGGGUCUAAAGCGGAGUAUGCAGUUCCUGAUGGACCAAGACAUGCAAGUGUCUGCUCUGAUAACAGACAGAAAUCGGCAGGUGGCCAAGUGGGUACGUGAGAAAAUGUGUUCAGAAGGAACAAGGCAUUUCUUUGACGUCUGGCAUAUUGGGAAAAGUGUACAGAAAGCACUGGAUGCUGCUGCAAAAGAGAGGGACUGUGAGGAUCUGAAGCUGUGGAGGCCAGCCAUUAUCAACCAUCUCUACUGGACCGCAGCUUCCACCCCUUCAGGAGAUCCAGAUGAGAUGCAGGCAAAAUGGCAGAGUAUGAUAAAUCAUGUACAGGACAUACAUGAACACAGCACUCCUGCAUUUACCAGCUGCGCACAUCCACCGUUGGAAGGAGAGGCAAGAAACAAGGAGUGGCUGGAACCAGGAUCACCAGCAGCCACUAAACUGGAGAGUGUAGCUGCCAGGAAAGCACUGGUAAAGGAUAUUCGACAAUUGUCACCUCAGCAUCAGACAUUCUCCCUGGAGGCCUACCAUUCCCUCAUUCUGCACUUUGCUCCCAAACACACUGGCUUUUCUUUUCUUGGGAUGUACAGCAGACUUCUCUUAGCGGCCCUACAUUUCAAUAAUAAUGGCAACAGAGAUGUAGCUCGAACCAGUGAGGGUGAGGCACGCUAUGCCGUUCGCUACCCGCGGUUUCGGAAAGGUGGCUGGGUAGUCAGACCCAUCAAGGAAAAACCAUCUUACGGAUAUGCAACAAAUCUUAUGGUCUCUCUGGUAGAGGAAUACUGCAAGUCACCACAGGCCCUACAAGAAAGCAGUGCUGUCUUGUCCUCUGCUGCACCGCCCCCCCUCACCUCUUCCCUCCAGAAGGUUUCCAAGGAUGAGGCAGUCAGCCUCCAUCUCGCACGACACUCACGUUUUAACAUGUAAUAAAAGAUAAAUUUUACCAGUA